UUCUCAAAACUUUUUCUGGAAAAAGAUGACAAAGCCGCGAAAGCUAUGUCACUCAGUAGCAAUACUGUUAGCAAAAACGAAAAACGAAAUAAGUGAAUAUUUUAAAAUACAACUUGCUGAAAAGCUGAAAACAAAAAAAUAUUCUCAGUGCCAAUGGAGGAAUCCACUUUGAGAGACUGUGAGGCCGUACUGAUAACUUACUUAAGAUACAUUGAUACAGGAGAUUUUGCUGAAGAAAUGUUGUUCUGUAAAUCACUAUAA